AGCGGCAGGUUUCCAGGACUCUCGCUGCAUCUGAAGAACUAGAAGAAAAGUAUCGUGCGGUUUAAGCACACAUCCUGACGGGUCAAGAAAAGGUCAACACUUUUGAAAUUAAAGCGGAUUAUCAUCACACCAACAUGGGCGACGAACACUGACAUUUAAAGAGGUGUCGAGCUGGUAACACCCACCACGCUUCCCAGGCUCAGUCAUCAGGGGUUCAGUCUCUUCAAGAGGAACCUGCUCCAAAUCACCAACGCAAUCCCAGUCGAGGCAAAGCGUGGGUCGCAACGAGGGACCAUGAGAUCCGGAUAGUUUUUCCUCGCAGUGUUUGCCAUGCCAGACACGAACAUCCCAGAAUUUGGAAAGGUUCUUCUGACUUCAGGAAGUCUGUGACGGAUAAAUCGCAUUAGUUAGUCAGAAGGUUUAAGUGGAAGCAAAUAUUUGUAACCUAUAUUUACCUAUAGUCUAUCCGUCAAAGUGCGUUUGGCAAUACGGUCGAAUUGCGCAAAAACUAAAAGUGGCUGAAAAGGAAGCGAUCAGAAACUCCUCACAGGACAUGCUCUAUCAUCUCAACGGAUUACCGACAGCUCAGUCCUCUUAAACCGGAUGCACAAAAGGAAUUAAAUCACUCAAAUUGCUUCCUCGUUGGAUAAGAUAACAAUUUGCAUUUAACAUCAACAGAAGCGUCAUAUGCUGAUGGCUCAACGGUACGAAGACCUUGCCCACUAUGGUGGCGGUAUGGAUGGAGUUGGGGUUCCGACGUCCAUGUACGGGGAUCCGCACGCGCCUCGGCCCCUGCCGCAGGUUCAUCAUUUGAACCACGGGCCACCGCCACAUGCCAACCAGCACUACGGGGCCCACGCACCGCACAGCAUCAUGCCCAGCAGCAUGGGCUCGGCUGUCAACGACGCACUUAAAAGAGACAAGGACCAAAUUUAUGGGCACCCGUUAUUUCCGCUUCUGGCGCUGGUGUUUGAGAAGUGCGAGCUGGCCACAUGCACACCGAGAGAGCCUGGAGUCGCUGGAGGAGAUGUGUGCUCAUCCGAUUCAUUUAACGAGGACAUCGCUGUGUUUGCCAAACAGAUUCGGGCAGAGAAGCCUUUAUUUUCUUCUAAUCCAGAGUUGGACAAUUUGAUGAUACAGUCAAUACAAGUAUUACGAUUCCAUCUUUUAGAACUCGAAAAGGUGCACGAGCUUUGCGACAACUUCUGCCAUCGGUAUAUUAGCUGUUUGAAGGGCAAAAUGCCCAUUGACCUGGUAAUUGAUGAUCGGGAUGGAUGCAAGACCGACUUCGACGACCUCUCAGGAUCCUCGACAAAUCUAGGAGAGCACAAUCCAGCAUCCUGGAGAGACAUUGACGACGCUCACUCUACUCCCUCAGUCGGCACCCCAGGACCCUCCAGCGGGGGACAUGCCUCUCAGAGCGGAGACAACUGCAGUGAACUAGGAGAUGGCUUGGAUAACAGCUUGGCAUCUCCGGGAACAGGGGACGAGGACGACCAAGACAAGAAACGGCAGAAGAAGAGAGGAAUCUUCCCCAAAGUGGCGACCAACAUAAUGCGGGCGUGGCUCUUCCAGCAUCUCACGCACCCCUACCCAUCCGAAGAGCAGAAGAAGCAGCUAGCGCAGGAUACAGGCCUCACCAUCUUACAAGUGAAUAACUGGUUUAUCAAUGCUCGAAGAAGAAUCGUGCAGCCCAUGAUUGAUCAGUCUAACAGAGCAGUAACUCAAGGAACCGCUUACAGCCCUGAUGGUCAGCCUAUGGGCGGCUUUGUGCUUGACGGCCAACAACACAUGGGUCUCCGGCCUAGCGGUCCCAUGGGAGGAAUGGGUAUGAACAUGGGUAUGGAUGGACAGUGGCACUACAUGUAAACGCCUCCCCGCUUCCCAAACAAUAAACGUUUUGAUGGUGGCCUCAGGAAUAGUCCCUGUGCUGGCCAGAGGCAUGAGGAGUCAUCUUCAUUCAUCUUCACCUGAUCACGCCCCUGUCCGAUCACCUCCUGUCUUCACGAGACCUCCCAAAUCUCUCACGGACCCCUCAUCAUCUGGCCAUCAUAUCUCCAGCCAAAGGACUGUCUGCAGGAGCACCAACAUUACAAAAACAGACUUGAAGCAUUUGUGCCAAAAGAGAGACUUCUGAAAAGACAAUUGGAGAUCUUUUCUUUUUAAAUUAUUUAUUUAUUCUUGUUAUACUGUCAAGAAGCACGGGGACCACACCAUUUGUGCACUUUUGCUCAACCAUAGAGUGGCUGCCCCAGACGCAAAUAUUCCAUAUGAA